UAAAGGUUCCCAUCAUGUCUAGAAGGUGCCUGGAAUCCUUGAAAGUUCCUGAAGAUCUGUGAGGAAUCUUAAUGUGUCUGUCAGGACCUUCCAGGACACCUUGAGGUGGUUUCAGGAGGAUUGUGGCUCACAUGGUCCUCCAGGCUGAGCCUGAUAAAGUCCUUGGAUAUCUCCUUCAAUACCUUGAAAGAGUUCCAGGCUAGGGUCAGGGUAGGCUUUUGAAGGCUGAGGAGGUCCAGGAUGUUCAUGUAGUCCUUGAAAAGUCUGGACACCAGGCAUGGGGCUUUAGAGGUCCUUGAGGAGUCCUAUCAAAAGUCCUUGAUAAUGUUUUGGGGCAUAUGUAUCAGGUUAUGCUAGUCCUUGAAAAGGUUCCAGGAAACAGAGGACCAAAAAUAAUCGAUUGAAGGUCUGCUACUGUCCUUGAAAUAGAUCCUGGAAUUACAAAUGCAUCCAAUGAUCUAUGAAAGAAGGUCCUGAUAUCCUUGAAAAAGCACAAAGGUGUUCCAGGAGUUUUUGAAGAAGUCAUUUAGGAGGCCUGAAUGAUCCUUGAAAGGUUCAGUCGUCCUGGAAUCCACUGAAGUCCUUGAAUCAGGAUUCUUGAGGAAGUUUCAGGUGUCCUUGAAUCCUUAAACAGAAUCCACAAAGAGCUGAAUAGGUGCCUUGAAUCCUUGAGGAGGUCCUUAAGUGAUACCAGAUCUUCACAGCAGUCACAGUUUACCUUCCAAGGAUCCCUGGAAAGUUCUUGAAAUCCUCUUAGAAACUCCAGGUCGAUCAGGAUGCUCUGACAUAUCGGUGCCUUGAAUCCUUGAGAAAGCAUGAGUCCGGCAGCCUGAAGCAGCUGACCUGUUGCCGUGGUUACCAUCAGGUAGGGGGUCUGCUCACCUUUAUCUCUGACAUCAUCAUCAUCUCUCAGCCAAUCAGAGCGCAGUAUCCCGUCUAAUCUAAAAACAUGACUCCUCUCUCUCUCUCUCUCAGACCUAAUGAACUCUGACCUCACUCGUCCCGCCUCCUCGUAAACUGUCACCGCGGCGACUGGGUCGUUCUUGGCAAGUAUUUCCUGUGGAAAGGGGCGGGGCUACAGGGGCUCACAUCGUCUACAGGAUAGGUGUGUGUGUGUGUGUGUGUGUGUGUGUGUGUGUUUAAUGACCCCCCGCCGUCUUUGUCCCAGUCAGACAAAGCCCCGCCCCCUAUUCAUCCUCCUACGUCAUCAACCGGGCACAUAAAACACACACACACACACACACACACACACACACACACACACACACACACACAGUAAGAAUAGCUCAUCCAUCACCUCAUUAGAGAGAAAGAGGUCGCUGAUCACAAAAACGUGUGUGUGUGUGUGUGUGAAUGUGUGUGUGUGUGUGUGUGAUACGAACACUACAUUCCUCAUCCUCACACACACACACACACACACUAACAACAGUUUUCAGGACACCUUGAAUCGUUUCCAGGGUCUAUCAGCAGAAAUAAACUGGUGCUUGAGAGGUCCUUGAAGUUUCCAGGGGUCCUUGAAUGGGUCUUGCAGGUACCAGGGCAGGUUCUGGAGGUUCUUGUGGGUCCGGUUCCUCACAAAGAGGGUCAAUAAAUCUUUGGAUCAGACUGAGGUUUAGUUGGAAACUCGUGUUAGCUGCAGUUUCAGGACCACAGUUCCAGGGCCCCUGGGUUUUUUUCCAGGUUUGGGGUUAGGGAAACUCACCCAUUGAGAAUUAUAUGACCUUCCAUUAUCAGUUACCAUAGCAACAGACACUCAGCACCAUCAACGCUGACAGGAUCAGUCAACGAUCGACCACAUCCUAACUUAAUCUUUAAAGCUCCAAAACUGCAGUUCCUCCAGUGUCCACCAGGGGCUGUGUCCUACUGUGAGUCAGAGCCCAUAGAGACUCAUGUUAAAACUGAACAGCUGAGCUAAACCUGUUUACACCAGAUUAAGGAUUAAUAUCAGGUUUUAUCGUUUUAUCUCUCUUUCUCCCUCUCUCUCUCUCCCCUCUUUCUCCCUCUCUCUCUCUCCCCCCUCUUUCUCCCUCUCUCUCUCCCCCUCUUUCUCCCUCUCUCUCUCUCCCCUCUUUCUCCCUCUCUCUCUCUCCCCCCUCUUUCUCCCUCUCUCUCUCCCCCCUCUCUCUCUCUCUCUCUCUCCCCCCUCUUUCUCUCUCUCUCUCUCCCCCCUCUUUCUCCCUCUCUCCCUCUGAAGUCUCUUAUUUUCUCUCCUUCAGUUGAACUUCUCUCACGCCCGCUGAUCAUCACCGAGCAACAGACUGACUUCACCCCACACUGCUCCAACCAAUCAGCAUUGACGUCACAGCAGAGUGUUUGUGUGACUGUGUGUGUGUCUAUGUAAUAGUAACAGAACCUCAUUGGAAAAUUAGCUGAUUUAACUUUACUGUGCUCUUGUUCAAAUAUAUUAACUCAACAGCACAUAAAUCCAUACCUGUUAACAAAAUCAUAAUUUUAUUGAUAAUUCGGCUCAAUAAAAACAGACUACAGAAGUGGAGAAACGCCCCCGCUUAAGUUUGUGUUUUCUCAGGAGUUACAACAACUCUGAAUAUAGUACUAUGUCUGUGACCCUAUAUGUCCUGUUGAUGAAGUUAGGUGCUGUUCUGAGCAUUAUUUGUGGCUAUAGAGUGGCGUUUUGGUUGAGGGCGUGGCUCUCUGUAUUUCUAUCCUGCGGUCGUUACUAAAGUUGGUAUAACUAGAGAAGGAAGCGGUCGACAACAUUCAUCUCUGGAGGCGGGGUCUAACUCGGACAGUAGAAAUACGACAGAGAAAAGUCUGUCUGUGAGGACGACAUGAAGACGUCAUGAGGAGACGUGUUUAUUUUAGUUUGUUAUUGGAGCAGAGAGAGAACAGAGACACGGGCGUAAACAUGAAAAUAUCUCUGGGGUCUGUGUCUCUAAGGGUCCGUGUCUCUAAGGGUCCGUGUCUCUAAGGGUCCGUGUCUCUAAGGGUCCGUCUCUCUAAGGGUCCGUGUCUCUCUGUGAUCCGUGUCUCUAAGGGUCCGUGUCUCUGGGGUCUGAGUCUCUCUGGGGUCCAUGUCUCUAAGGGUCCGUGUCUCUAAGGGUCCGUGUCUCUAAGGGUCCGAGUCUCUCUGGGGUCCAUGUCUCUAAGGGUCCGUGUCUCUCUGUGGUCCGUGUCUCUCUGGGGUCCAUGUCUCUAAGGGUCCGUGUCUCUAAGGGUCCGUCUCUCUAAGGGUCCGUGUCUCUGUGGGGUCCAAGUCUCUAAGGGUCCGUGUCUCUAAGGGUCCGAGUCUCUCUAAGGGUCCGUGUCUCUCUGGGGUCCGUGUCUCUAAGGGUCCGAGUCUCUCUAAGGGUCCGUGUCUCUCUGGGGUCCGUGUCUCUCUGGGGUCCAUGUCUCUAAGGGUCCGUGUCUCUAAGGGUCCGUCUCUCUAAGGGUCCGUGUCUCUGUGGGGUCCAAGUCUCUAAGGGUCCGUGUCUCUAAGGGUCCGUCUCUCUAAGGGUCCGGGUCUCUCUGGGGUCCGAGUCUCUCUGGGGGUCCGUGUCUCUGGGGUCCGUGUCUCUGUGGGGUCCAAGUCUCUAAGGGUCCGUGUCUCUAAGGGUCCGUCUCUCUAAGGGUCCGGGUCUCUCUGGGGUCCGAGUCUCUCUGGGGGUCCGUGUCUCUCUGGGGUCCGUGUCUCUGGGGUCCAUGUCUCUCUGGGGUCCGUGUCUCUCUGGGGUCCGUGUCUCUCUGGGGUCCGGGUCUCUCUGGGGUCCGUGUCUCUCUGGGGUCCGGGUCUCUCUGCAGGUCCGGGUCUCUCUGCAGGUCUCAGGUCCUGCGUGUGAAGUGCUGCGAGUCCCUGAACUCCAGGUACAGACUGAAGAGCAGGUGCAGAGACUGGAUCCUGGAGCCGUGGACGGGGAUGUCCAGCAGGCCGCAGAUGAUGUCGGCGUACUGGGCGGCGCCGCACUGGAGGCGGGCGGGGGGGAGCGUCAGGCGGCCCAGCAGCUCCUCCAGCUCGGCCGGCCACUCCUGCAUCAGGCUGUCGAUGUCGGGCAUCGCUCGGCCGUACUGAACGCUGGCCGGCGGUUUGGAGCGGUGCAGGGCGCUGAUGCUGUCCACCCAACCGUCCACCAGCCGAGGGUUGGACUGAGGGCUCGCCACGCUGGUCACCUUCUUCAUCUGCGGGAGAGGAGGGGGGAGAUCAGAAACCGUACAGACGCGCUGUGAUGCUGCGUUUAGACGGCGGCGGCGGCGGCGGCGGUACUGACCUCCGGCGCCCCGUGCUGCUUGCUCUCCUCGGACAGCCACAGCGACAGAACCGUGGGCUCCGACUGCUUCACGCUGGGCUCGUCCAGAACCAGCAGACCCAGACUGUCCUCUUUACCGUCCGGCCUCGGAACCUGAACACGUCACAGGAAAUGACCUCACAGGUGAUCACCGCCAUUUUUCAGACACACACACAAACAGGAAGUGAGGUCAGUACCUUCAGGAAGGCGUCGAUGUCUCCCACGGCGGGGAUGAAGUCUGGGAUGAACGGCUUCAGGCUGUGCUCCAGCUCCACGGUCUGGGGGGUGUACCUGUGGGGGCGGGGUUAAGAACAGACCGUGUUACCUGUCAGGUCGGCGUAGAGAAGGUGAAGGUCGGCAUGGACGCCGUCUCACCGUGUGAUGUACUUGAACAGCUCCUUGAUGUCGCUGCUGACGGGCAGGUUGGCGUAGUCUGCGGGGUCGUACGCCCCCUCUGGAGCCCCGCUGGCGUCGUCAUCGUCAUCUUCGUCAUCCUCGGAGUCGUCCUCCUCUUCAUCAGACUCCUCCUCUUCCUCCUCCUCCUCCUCCUCCUCCUGCUGCGGACUGACCCUGGGCUCCCUCCCCGCCGCCUCGCCGCCCUUCAGAGGUUUGUGGUCGUCCUCUGACUGGUCGGCGUUGCUGUUGGCGGACAUUAGGCCACGCCCCCUCCUGCUCCUCCUGGACUCUGACUGGAAGACAGAGUCAGUGAUGUCAGAGGAGGCGAGAGUCGACGCCGUAACCUCGAGAAACACACCUCACCUGUGUGUGUGUGUGUGUGUGUGAGUCUGUGUGUGACAGGUGUGUGUGUGUGUGUGUGUGUGUGUGAGUCUGUGUGUGUGUGUGUGUGUGUGUGUGUGACAGCUUCACCUGUGUGUGUCCGCUGGGCGCGGGGCUGUAGACGGAAGUGACGUCCUCGGGGUCAUUGACCUCCAGACUCUCGUCGUAAGGUUGGUUCUUGAGGAGGGUGGACCCCCGCUCCAUGACCGGAACUAACCUGCAGACAGUUACGGUUAUUUCCGGUCAAAAGAGCUCAGUUUAAACAGCUAACUUAGCACCGACCUGCUAACGACGAACCGAACCACCGGAACUGUAGACCCGGACACUGAGCGGGGACUCCCGGGCCGUCAGACGGACUUUAAUCCGGUUCUUUAAAGACUCUGAGUUCCUGUUUUUAACCUUUAAAUUCGGUUUAACGUUAAUUUAUUCAGACAGAGAAGCUAACAGCCGAACACUGAGCGACAUUUACUGUAGCCUAGCAACGGGCUGAGCGGUGCAUCAUGGGUAGAUGUUCUUCUUCUUCAAUAGAGUUUAAUGGCGGUUGGCAAACGAAGUUAAAGGUGAAUUACCGCCAACUACUGGACUGGAGUGAGGGACAGGAAAUGGACAGACCAAAUAAAAUAAAAUAAAAUAAAAUAAAAUAAAAUAAAAUAAAAUAAAAUGAAAAUAAAAUAAAAUAAAAUAAAAAUAAAUAAAUAAAACAAACUAAAAUUAAAAAAAAUUAAAACCAAAAUAAGUAAAUCAGUUCCUCUCCAUUAACUCUGUAUUUUCCAAAUAUUCCAUUAAAUGUUUGAGGAUUAUUUCUAUCAUUUCUAUAUACAGUCUGUGAUUAGAUCCAUGACUGUUUGUGAGAACCUUUAGAUAUUGAUCAACCAGAUUUGAUCCAUGGCUUUAAAAACAUGUUUUGGUUCUGGAAACUUCUUUUAUUAAUUAUUUUAUUUAUUAAAAAAACAGUCACUGUUUCUCUGAUUCUUUGCAGUAGGCUUCCGUAGCUUUCUGUGUGGGUUUAAUCGAUUAUUUUAAAUCGAUUAUUGAUUUUAAAUCGCCUCAUUAGUUCACUUACAAACAUGAACUCGUCCCAGACUCCUCUUCCCAGAAUGCACCGCACUGUUAUUGUUCCGUCUGGCUGUCUAAUAUGGCGGCUCCGGGCUGCCUCCUCCACAGAACCCUGAUCCGGUCCAGAUCCGGUCCAAACCAGGUCCUAACCAAAUCAUUAUAACGAUGCUGUUACUGUUUAUAUACGUGCGUGUGAGCGUGCGUGUGCGUGAUGUUUGUGUGUGGCCCGUUAAAGCGGGAAAAACCUCUUUCUCUACCGGACUGAACCUCACUCAGAAUCCGUCUUAUUAUUUUCAGAUUUAAUAUGUCUUUGUUUAGAAGCUACAUUUUGGCUUAAACACACCAUGGAUGUGAAGUACGGUCCAAUUAGGAGGGUUCGGCAUACUUUCAUGGUCCAGUUUCCCUUUGUUUUAACAAUUAAUGAUUUAGAUUCACAGCAUUUGAACCACCAGCAUCAGCGUCCCGAUCCCACCUCUAUCUAAAAAACAAACUUUUCUAAAUUCAGUAUCUCAAAUGAGAAUGUUUCGUGAGGGUCUGUGAGAGAGGAAAAAUCAUCCACGAGACCCGAAAGAGCGACAAAUACGCCUCUUGGCGCGUUUUUUCGUCGAGAUCUUGAUGAACCUUAAAUUAGAUAUUUUUUAAAUGGAGUUUGGUUAACAGGCGUGGAGGGGGCGUGGAGUCUCAUGCUUUUCUCUCCUGAUGCGAAGCCUAAUUUCAGAUAAAGUUUAAUGUAUUUGACUAAAAUCUAAAAGGUCAGAAUGUGAAGAUUGUAAUCUGUCCCCCAUGAGUUCACUUUGUCAGUUAUAAAGUUAAUAAUUUAAUAAUUCUGCCUGAAGACCUCAGAUGACCUCAGAACCGUCGCUAAUAUCAGCAGAAGAAGAAGACAGUCUGACCUCUACAUCUGUUCAUGUUGUCUUUCUUACUCUCUGUUUCUGUCUUCUGUCCUUGGAGAUUAACCUCAGCCCUGGGUGUUGUCUUGCAGGUGUCUGUGUCCUCUCCAGCUGUCUGCAGGGAGACUCUGUAUGUGGUGGACGUCCAACGUUACAGCAGAGACCAGGGGUCCUCGGUCUACUUUCCUCAGGCUGUCCUUUACGGUAAGAUACGUCAGGACAGGAGGAAUAAAACAGGACGGACCAGUUGUCCUGGGGAAAUGAUAGAAGACGGACAGGACAGGAGAGGACAAAGACAGAGAGAAGGGUUAACUACAUCAGAAAAUGGACAGACGAGAGAAACAUGGACAAAAGACUGAGCAGGACAAAUAAAGACAGGACAGGACAAAGAAGGACAGGACAGAAACAAAGACAGGACAAAAACAGGACAGGAAAAAGACAAGACAGAAAGAAGACAGGACAAUAAAGGGAAGUCCAGAAAGGUUCUGGAUCAAUCCUAAGAACCCACAACUGUCCCCAGAGCCUGAACUCCUUCCUGUCUCUGGAUCUGACCU